UAAACCGCAGCAGCAGCAUCUGAGAAAAGAGUGCGUUUGUUUCCUCAAGUCGGUUGUCUCGCAGAAGGCAUCACCAGAGUACCAAGUACAUCUGAACUGAUUUCCAUCCCCCCACCCCUCCACACAGGCACAGCAAGCUGUGGCGGAAUUUCCCCGGAGCUGGUAUAUUGACAAUUUCAGUGUUAUUUCAAGAAAGGGAGCAGCACUGUUCUAAACAGGCGGGUGUACAGCAAAACCCUUACCCGGCCGAGAUGACAGCGGAGAAAGCGAUUCCUAUAAUCAAUGGGAAGCCAGACGAUGCGAUGGACACCGAGGCAUCGAACGUCAAUUUAGUUCGUACCAACGACAAGAAAGUGUCAGACAGAGGCCAAUGGAAUAACAAAAUCGAAUUUGUCUUGUCUGUGGCUGGGGAGAUCAUUGGAUUAGGAAAUGUGUGGCGAUUCCCAUACCUCUGUUACAAGAACGGAGGCGGGGCCUUCCUUAUUCCAUAUGUGAUUUUUUUCAUCGGCUGCGGCAUACCGGUGUUUUUCCUGGAGACUGCACUGGGCCAGUAUACCAGCGAGGGAGGAAUAACGUGCUGGAGGAAAGUUUGUCCGCUUUUUGAAGGUAUCGGGUAUGCUACUCAGGUGAUUGAAGCACAUUUGAAUGUGUUUUACAUCAUUGUUUUGGCCUGGGCCAUAUUUUACCUGUUCAACUGCUUUACAACUGAACUCCCUUGGGCUACCUGUGGACAUACUUGGAACACAGAAAACUGUGUAGAGUUUCAGAAGCUGAAUUCUACCAAUUGCACUCACGCAGCUGUACCAAAUGCAACUUCUCCUGUCAUUGAGUUCUGGGAACGUAGAGUGCUUGGAUUAUCAAGUGGAAUUGACCACAUUGGAAGCGUACGAUGGGAACUGGCUCUUUGUCUUCUUGCUGCUUGGAUUAUCUGUUAUUUCUGCAUUUGGAAGGGACCAAAGUCCACUGGAAAGGUGGUGUAUGUAACAGCAACAUUCCCCUAUCUGAUGCUGCUGGUUUUAUUGAUUCGAGGAGUGACUCUACCUGGAGCUGGAGAGGGAAUAAAGUUUUACCUUUACCCAGACAUCUCACGUCUGUCGGAUCCUCAGGUCUGGCUGGAUGCUGGCACCCAGAUUUUCUUCUCAUAUGCAAUUUGCCUUGGAUGUUUGACUGCAUUAGGAAGCUAUAAUCCCUAUCAUAACAACUGUUACAGGGAUUGCGUAAUGCUAUGCUGUCUCAACAGUGGCACCAGCUUCGUUGCUGGUUUUGCUAUUUUCUCUGUGUUAGGAUUCAUGGCUUUUGAACAAGGAGUGCCAAUAGCAGAAGUAGCUGAAUCAGGUCCUGGUCUGACAUUCAUUGCUUAUCCGAAAGCUGUCACAAUGAUGCCUCUUGCACCACUAUGGGCUGUUCUUUUCUUUUUGAUGCUCAUUUUCCUUGGACUGGACAGUCAGGUAAAAUAA